ACGAAGUUGCCGCUCUCGUUAUCGACAAUGGCUCCGGCAUGUGCAAGGCCGGUUUCGCCGGUGAUGACGCUCCUCGUGCUGUGUUCCCUUCCAUCGUCGGUCGUCCCCGCCACCAUGGAGAAGACCGACCGCCGGGCAGUCCCAGCACUCGCGAUGAUCCGGACUUGUCCUAACAUGUUAUCCACGAAUUGCAGUAUCAUGAUCGGCAUGGGCCAGAAGGAUUCUUAUGUUGGUGACGAGGCUCAGUCGAAGCGUGGUAUCCUCACCCUCCGCUACCCCAUCGAGCACGGUGUCGUUACCAACUGGGAUGACAUGGAGAAGAUCUGGCAUCACACUUUCUACAAUGAGCUUCGUGUCGCCCCCGAGGAGCACCCCGUCCUCCUGACUGAGGCCCCCAUCAACCCCAAGUCCAACCGUGAGAAGAUGACCCAGAUCGUUUUCGAGACCUUCAACGCCCCCGCGUUCUACGUCUCCAUCCAGGCCGUCCUCUCUCUCUACGCCUCCGGUCGUACCACCGGUAUCGUGCUCGACUCUGGUGAUGGUGUCACUCACGUCGUCCCCAUCUACGAGGGUUUCGCCCUUCCCCACGCCAUUGCCCGUAUCGACAUGGCCGGUCGUGAUUUGACCGACUACCUCAUGAAGAUCUUGGCCGAGCGCGGUUACUCUUUCUCCACCACUGCCGAGCGUGAAAUCGUCCGUGACAUCAAGGAGAAGCUCUGCUACGUCGCUCUUGACUUCGAGCAGGAGAUCCAGACUGCUGCUCAGAGCUCAAGCCUGGAGAAGUCGUACGAGCUUCCCGAUGGUCAGGUCAUCACCAUUGGCAACGAGCGAUUCCGUGCUCCUGAGGCCCUCUUCCAGCCUUCCGUGCUCGGUCUCGAGAGCGGUGGCAUCCACGUCACCACUUGGCAGUCGAUCAUGAAGUGCGAUGUUGACGUCCGAAAGGAUCUUUAUGGCAACAUUGUCAUGGUAUGUCUUAAUCACCUACCAACCCUAUUCCUACUCGACGCGGAUAAGCUUCGAUCUCGGGGGUGUUCUGUUGUCCCCCGUGUUCCUCUUUGCUUUCUCCAACAGUCUGGUGGUACCACCAUGUACCCCGGUCUCUCCGACCGUAUGCAGAAGGAGAUCACUGCUCUUGCUCCUUCUUCCAUGAAGGUCAAGAUCAUUGCUCCUCCCGAGCGAAAGUACUCCGUCUGGAUCGGUGGAUCUAUCCUUGCUUCCCUGUCCACCUUCCAACAGAUGUGGAUCUCCAAGCAGGAGUACGACGAGAGCGGCCCCUCGAUCGUCCACCGCAAGUGCUUCUAA